GCUUAGAGAAGAGAUCUGCAUUGUAAGUAGCUGUGAGAGCAGCAGCAAGUGGUGGCUGUUUUCAGCCUGUUUUUGUUUUCCCAGGGGGAGGCGGCACGGUGAACAAGAACAAGGAGAAGAACCGGGCAGAAGAUUUUAAAGAGUUUCUGCUGGGUUAGAAAACAAAGACACUGAAGGAGAGGAGGAGAGGGAAAAGGUGGCGAGGGAAACCGGGAGGAACACAAGGCAGCAAUGGAUAGCAGAGUGGCUCAGCCUGACCCUGGGAUAGCUUGGAUUCACACACAGCUGCUGGCGGCCGGCCAGCACACACACUAGGCUGCUAACACCGAUGAGCUCCCAUGUGUUCGUUCAGCCAUGCUUCCUGGGUAUGGAUUCUCACCUUUUCCUGACUUCCAACCUCACCUUCACGCUUUUCGCUGCCGAGGAGAGAGUCCCAGCAUGUGGAUCCCUGGCUCGGGGGAGUCCCAGGCUCUGAGCGAGGCCCAGGAGGACAGGACUUUGCUCCACCCGUGCCACCACAAGCAUGUAGCAGUGUGCCAGCAGGAGACAUUGGCCUUUAUUGAGCUGCAACCACCAGUGACUCCUAAACUAAACUGUCUUGGCUCUCUGAGGCCCCCUGCUAUUCCAGAGGCACAAUGCACUACACACACCCGGCCCCUGAAUGGUUUCAGACACACACUGAAUGAACUGAAUGACAUGCAGAAGGGCUGCCACAGGACAGACAAUGAGCAGGAAACAACGCUGAAUUUGAACUGUCACACAUCUGUAGGUGACUGUGAGUUUGAAUGUCUAAAUGGCAUCAGGACUUCUUUGCAGGAGCAGACAGAAAAGCCUCAUUCUGUCACAACAGUAUGUCGUCCUCUCCACGCAGCUCUUAGCCUCGAUCUGCCGUUCCCUUUGUCCUCUCUUUACACAAACACAGACCCCUGGGAAUCUCAGUUACCUUGCUCUUCAUCCUUACCUGAGGGUCCGGAGUGUCGAAGCCCAGACUCCUGCCAGCCUCAGAGGAGGACGUCCCAGGGUUCACUGAAGGAGAAGUCUAUGCGGAGAAAGAUGCAGAUUUAUUCCCCAGACAGCCCGAGCGAUGAAUCCCUCAGCAGCCCGAUCCUGGACGCAGACUACCUCUUCCCAGGACCCUUUGCUUCUUUCCUGGAGGAGGACCUCAGCAGAUUAUCUUCCCUGGAGGCCAUUUCAAGCCCCUCCUCCAUAGACGGCUUCUCAGAUCUCCCAAACCUCAGUGAGGAGGAUAUUUUUAAUCUACCUGAAGAACCCCUACACAUAAUAGAGGACUCACUGCCGUCCAGUGCCACAGGGGGGAGCUUUUUGUCCCGCAGCCGUCAGGGGGAUCAGGAGCGACGGCGCUUCUCGGCCUCAGAGCUGAUCUCUAGACUGCAGCUGUCUCAGAGGAAGAGCUCCUUCACACUGAAGCUGGGGAAGUCUCUGUCAGCUCGAGUGGCCUCCAGAGACCGACAGAGCACCAUCACCCUCGGGCCCAACGCUGACUAUAAGUCCAGCUCGAGGCACCGCAGCUCCGGAGGCUCCAGUGACAGCGCCCCCCACAGUCCUGUAGGACCCCCACCCACUCUGUCAGGCAGCGACAAUGGCAUGCAUAGGUGGAGCACCAAACUCGGAAUGCGAAAGAAAUCCCUGGAGGAAGACUGCACACUUCCAAUCGUCACCAGUGUUAAUCGCUUAUCACGGUUUUUGCCUAGCUCGAUCCUGUACCAGGAAUACAGCGACGUGGCCAUCAACAGAGAGAUCCAGAGGCAGCAGGGGAAGGAGCCUGGCCCAGAGGAGGAGGGUCUCAGGGACGAGGGGUCAGACGGGACCCCCUCUCCGUCCAAUCUGUCCCCGUCCAGCUCCUUCCGCUCCUCACAAGGCUCUGCCUUUGCCCUUUGGCAGGACAUCCCAGAUGUUCGCUCCAGCGGCCAGCUCGACAACUUCAGCAACGAGGAGCGGAAAUUACAGGAAGCCAAGUUUGAGCUGGUGACAUCAGAGGCGUCGUAUAUUCGCAGUUUGACCAUUGCAGUGGACCACUUCAUGUUGUCGCAGGAGCUCGCAGAGUGUAUCGGGGCUCAGAACAAGCAGUGGCUCUUCUCGAAGCUUCCUGAAGUCAAAGGCGUCAGUGAGAGGUUCCUUCAGGACCUGGAGCACAGGCUGGAGGAAGACAUUCUGCGUUUCGAUGUGUGCGACAUCGUCCUGGAUCACUGCCCGGCCCUGCGGAGGGUUUAUUUACCUUAUGUGACCAACCAGGCGUACCAGGAGCAGACGUACCAGCGUCUGCUGCACGAGAACCCUCGCUUCCCCGGGAUCCUGGCUCGUCUGGAGGAGGACCCCGUCUGUCAGAGACUUCCUCUCACCUCUUUUCUGAUCCUCCCGUUUCAGAGGAUCACACGGCUGAAAAUGCUGGUGGAGAACAUCUUAAAGAGGACGACACCGGGCUCCCGAGAUGAGGACAAUGCCACGAAAGCUUUCAAUGAGCUAAAAAAGAUCAUCAAAGAAUGUAACUCCAGCGUGCAGUCGAUGAAGAGGAUGGAGGAACUGAUUCACCUCAAUAAGAAAAUCAACUUUGAGGGAAAGAUCUUCCCUCUGAUCUCUCAGUCCCGCUGGCUGGUGAAACACGGAGAGCUGCUGGAGGUGGACACGCAGAUGAUGAGUAUUUCUGGAUCAAAGCUCAAGUUGCCCACCAAGCCGGUGUACCUCCACCUGUUCAAUGACUGUCUGCUGCUGUCCAGGAGGAAGGACACGUGGAAGUUCAUGGUGUUUGUCUACGCUAAGAUAGGAGAGCUGAAAGUGAAGGAUCUCAGUCAGAAGCUGCAGGGCAUCUCAGGCUUCAUCUUCCACCUGCAGCUGUGUGAACGCCAGCAGCUCAAACACCAGAUCCUGCUCAAGUCCAACACCGAGAGUGGGAAGCAGAGAUGGAUCACAGCCAUGUUUCCAUUUGAUCCGCUGGAAGACAUCGGGCACGCCACUGAGAAUGACGAUAUAGCCCAAGUUCAGUGCAUCAAAAGCUAUCAGGCCCAGGAGCACGACGAGCUAACCCUGGAGAAGGCCGACAUUCUUCACGCUAAGACCAUUACAAGUGAUGGCUGGGUGGAGGGCAUCAGACUAUCUGACGGGGAGCGGGGCUGGUUCCCCAAAACCUACGUGGAGGAAAUCACGAGUCGCAGCGCUCGCCUCCGCAACCUCCGGGAAAAUAUCCGCAUUAAAUGUGUCACGCAGAAACUGAAGGGGGGCGACUGACGCUUCUACUGCAGCUUGUCGAAGGUGCAUUUCACUUGCUGAGUUGCACUUAAAGUUACACAAAACUCCAAAUGCUUCCUCCUCAAGUCCUACACUUUGGGCUUAAUUUAUCCUUAGCUAAGGGACUUGCUUAAGAGUGGUGCACAGAAUCUUAAAGGUUUUCUUAUGGCAUUUUUUGCAUGAAAAGAGAUUUUACCAUAAUGAAAGACUUAUAAUUAGUGAUAUCUGCAUCUUCUCACCAAUUUGGCCUCUUGAUUGUGUUUUUUACUGUUGCUCAAGAAAAAAAGAAGACGAGAAAUCCAAAUUAGUCAGAGAAGUAAAACAUUACACUUAUGGAGGAAUACAAAUAACUGGAAACAACAAAUGUGGGAGGAAGUUGUGGAUGGAUGUGGGACCGAAAAUAUGUUGAGUACGCAGGUGCUUAAACAUCCAACACUUUUUACCUUGUGAGAACAUUUUCGCAUGCUGGAUGAAAGUGGAAAUUAAAAAGCUUUUGAUGCCCUUGUCCAUUUUUAGAUUAAAAGGUUUUUAUACAAUGACUUUGUAGACAAACGUUUCCACCAGGACAGUUCUAACAUUUUUGCCACUCAAUCACUUUAUGACUGUUUUCUAUGAAUGCACCCAUCACCAUUUCAAAAGCCUGAGAAACAUGCACAUUUACCAGCACAAGAAAUACAUGUUAUCAUUCCUUGGUUGAUGUCAGAGUUAGUUUUUAUCCUGUCAUGUCUCAUAUGGACAGAUUCCCUUUUAAGCAGUCCACGUAUUCAACAAACAUGUGCCCUAGUUACUGAAAUAAAUAAAAGCCUGGUGCAACAGUUUAUUAAUUCCACGUGUUAAAUGUUGGACUGUUAAAACAUGUUUGCCCCUUAUUAAGAGAACGACUCCCUCCCCUUAGGCACUGUCAAUGUCUGUCUGUAGUAACUGGUUUUUUAAGACUGCAUGAACUCUGAUGGUUGUCUAGAUAAGGCAGCUGCAGAAUGAUGGUUUAUUUUUAAUUUUUCUAAUGAUUUCACAAUUCUUUGAAACACAAAUGAAGGACAGACUUUCCUCUAAACAAGCCUGCACCACACAACUUCUGUUGUUCCUAAUCUGACUAAAGCAUUACACUGUCUAUAUUCUGUAUUUUUAUUAUUGUCAAGAAAUCCCACGAACAGAUCGAAA